AUGGGAUUUAUUGGAUGUAUCGUAAAUACUUUCGUGUGUCUAGCGAGAAAUCAAAUGGAUUUCCGUGGCCAAAAGCUAGCAUUUUUAAUUAAGAAUAUAAUAUUUACAAUUUCUAUGAUCGCUUCAAUUGGUAUAAGUUAUCAUAAACAAGACUUGGCCUUAGGCACUUACAUUAUUUUAGCUGGAUCUGCCUUAUCAACCAUACUGGUAGUCCCAACAUGGCCGAUAUACAACAGACAUCCAAUUAAAUGGGAGGAAUCUCCAUCGUUAAAACAUAAAAAGAAAUAA